AAUUAAAUGUUGUACUUGAGAACAUAUUAAGUAAAAUAAUAAUGAGUUAACUAAUAAUGCUACUGCUAUAAUAUCAUUAAUUAUAGAAGAAUAUAUUAAAAAUCAAUAUCGAAAACCUCAAGAAUAAAGAUGACCAAAAAGAAGAUUAUUUCAAGUUUCUCUUUAUGGUUGGUUCUAUUAAUGAAUUUAUGUUGAUCCAAACUCUUUUUUAGUAUCUAGAAUCAAUGUGUUAGCUUCAAGGAGUCACAGGUAUUUCAUCGAUGCUAACCAAGGAAGAAGCUCGUUUUUUGUUUUAACUACAUUGAAGGGGUGGUUUUGCACAAGUGGCUAGGCAAGAUGAAUUUGUAGAGUAAGGAAGAAGAAGAAACACGAACCCCGUGGGGGUUUUCACAUCCCCUACUAACGAUUAAGGUACUUCUGAAAUUUUGUGAAAAAGUCGAGGGUAUUAAUGCAAUCUUUUAAAGUUCUGAGGUAUUACUAUGACGAGAUACAAAGCUCGACGUAUUUACUAUGUUUAACAUUGAAUAAUCAUGAUUCUAUUAAAAUAUCAAAAAGUAAGAAUAAGAUUGAAAACCUCAAGAAGUGAUAAAGGUGAAAGGAAGAAAAGGAAGGUAUAUAUCUACAAGCCUUUCUAUGGAUAUAUGCAAGUUGGAAAGGUUAAAAAGCAUGGAAAGGAAUGCAGGGAACAGUCCCUUAUAUAUUGACUAAUUUCCUUCCAAGUUUUUGGCUUUUGCUUGUUGUGUGGGUAAAGAAGAUCAUUUGGAACAGACAUUCUUUACCUUGCUUAAUUAUUCAACUUCAGAUAUAUUGGACUAGCUUAUAUACCCAAACUUCUCCUUCAUUCAUUUCAUCAUCUUAAAAGAACUAUCAUAAUCCAAAGUUUGAUUGGCAGCUGAAAACAAGGAAGAAUUAGUUUGUCAGACAUGGGUGUUCUUGGAGCUAUUGCUAAACAUUUGGAUUCUAUAAUUGGGCCUGGAGUAAUGCUUCUUUUUCCUUUAUAUGCAUCAAUAAGGGCAAUUGAGAGCCCUUCAAGUCUUGAUGACCAGCAAUGGCUGACUUAUUGGGUUAUAUACUCCUUCAUAACCCUCUUUGAACUAACAUUUUGGAAAAUCCUGGCUUGGAUUCCACUUUGGGGAUACCUUAAGCUCCUGGCUUGUUUAUGGUUGGUUCUACCAAUUUUCAAUGGGGCAGCUUACAUCUACGAGAAUGUAGUGAGGAAGUACAUUAAGAUUGGAACUUACGUGAACCCAAACUAUCCAGAGAAUCAAAAGAAAGUGAUCCAGAUGAUGACUUUGGAUUCUAGGAAAUCAGUGGAGCGUUACAUUGAUAGAUAUGGACCUGAUGCUUUCGAACGAGUAGUCAAAGCUGUAAGCUGGUUCUAUCCAUCCAAAUAUAGCUACCAUACAUACGGAUAUCUAUGAUGCUAAUUCUGUAAAUACUUGAUUUUGUAGGCUGAAAGAGAAGCAAGGAGACACUGAGGAGAAUCCUAAUAUGAUGAAGUCAAAGAAUUGUGGAUACUUUAAUUUAUAAGGCUGGAACAAUAGUUGGGUUCUGCUAGUAGUACGAUUUCAUGUUGCAUACUUGUAUUUUAUGUAUUCUGCACAAGAAGGAAAAAGUUUGAAGGGUGUUUCUAUUUUUUUUUUUUUUUCUCCUGUGGAUAGUAGCUGUGAAGAAAAGAGUUUCUACCAAACAAUAAUGUUCUUAUAAAUUCCUGGCAAUCGAUUGAGACAACUAAAUCCUAUACUCUUUUUCCUGCAAAUUUGAUUUAAAAUAAGGAAGCAGACAUGGUACGAAGAAACCAGUUAAAGCGGCUAACAAUGCUCUCAUCCAAACAAGAAAAACAGAUCAAGAACAAAAGGUUUGAGCACUCUUUACAAAUCAUUCUAAGGAAAAAAAAAAA